AUGGAUCGUCGUGCUAGCCUCGCCGUCCGGAAUGUGCGGGUCCAGAUCCCCGACCAGCUGCCGACGCUGUUCGAGCCGCAGAAGGCGAUCAUGACCUCGCACGUCGGCGCGAGCAUCGACGACGACGUGGCGCUGCCGGAGCGCCGGCUCACCGCGCUCGCCAUGCACCUGGCGGUACUCGAGAAGGCGGCGAGCCGGCUCGGCGCGCUGGGUUUCCUCUGGGCGACGGUCGUCCUGCUUGGCGGCUUCGCCGUCACCCUCGGCUGCACCGACUUCUGGUGCGUCACCACCCUACUGCUCGUCGAGGGCACCCGCAUCCUGGGCCGCGGCCACGAGCUGGAGUGGCAGCACGAGGAGACGUGGCCCCCGGUCGCGUCGUGGCCCGUCGGCUGCGGCUUCUACUAUCUGCAGCUGCUGUCCGCGUCGUCCUGCGUCGCGCUCUCGCUCGUCCGUCUCGUCCACCAGCGCUACGGCGGAAGCGCCGACGCGCGGACAAACCGGCGCUCCGCGCUCGACAUAUUCUACGGGCUCGCGCUCGCCGAGGCGCUGCUGUUACUCUUCGAGAAGGCGCUGUGGCAGUGGAGGGUUAGCCACCACCGCCUGCUGGAGCGCGUCGCCAAGGAGUGCCACCUCGACACCGCCGGCGGCGCGGUGGCCGUCCGCCGGUUCUUCUACGACUCCUACGCUCGGUACUUGAACGGCAGCAUCUUCGACGGCCUGCACAUGGACCUCGUGUCCUACGCCGAUGACCUGCUGACCGCGGGCUCCCACGAGGAGCAGCGCCUCGGCGCCAGCAUCCUCGCCGCGCUCACCGAGUCGGACCGCUUCGCCGACUCCACGCUCCGCAAGAUUGGCACGUCCGCGCCCACCAUCGAGCGGCUCAUCGAGAUGCUCAACUGGGAGUCCGAGAAGGGCGUCCGCCGGUCGGCCGCAGUGGUCGUGUCCAUGCUCGCCGGGGAGAAGCUCAACGCGCUUCGUGUCACCGGCAUCCCCGUCGCGAUCGAGUACUUCGCUUCCUUGCUGUACGCCGACCUCGACGAACUCAACCUCCUCGGGCUGUCCAUCCUCAACAAACUAGCGCACGACAACGAUAACUGCGUCAAGAUUGGCAAGUCUAAGGGCCUUCUCGACAAGAUCAUCUCCUACUCGAGCAUCGAUAACGGACCGGUGACGACGCUGACGGACAUGCGGCUCAAGGCGGUGAAGCAAUCGCUCCGCUUGGUGAAGAGGCUGGCGAGCACAACGGGGACCACCGGGAAGCAGCUCCGGAGGGAGCUCUCCGACAACGUGUUCACGGUGAGCAACGUCAGGGAGGUGCUGAAUCAGCGUGACGGGAAGGAGCAGUCGGAGCUGCACCAGCUGGCGAUCGGGUUAAUGACGAACCUCGCGAUGGACGAGGAGGCGAGGCAGGAGAUCGGAGGGACGGGGGGCGUGGUGAAACUGCUGGUGGCGAUGUUCUUGCAGGGAAAGGAGGUGGGGGCCAUCCGGCAGGCGGACGCGGUCCGGGUGGAGGCUGGCGAGGCGCUGGCGAUGCUGGCGCUUGAGAGCAGGAGGAACUGUGGCCUAAUCAUAACGGCGUGCGGCGGAGGAGUGAAGCGGCUCGUCGAGGCGCUGAACGAUCCCGCCAUCGUCAUCGGCGCCGCAAGGAUCCUGCGCAACCUGUGCACCUACGCCGGGGAGGAGUGGCAGCAGCUUCCACUCAGAGGAGUCACCGCCGGCGCUACCAAGGUGCUGAGGACCAUCAUGGUCGAGAAGACCAAGCUCCUCAACAUCUCCCUCGGCCUCGCCGCGCAGAUGCUCCGUUUCAUGCAGCCCACGGAGCUUCGCGCGACGAGCCUCGCCGCGGCCGGCGUCGAGGACGUGGCGCUGGUGCGGAUGCUGGUGCAGGUCCUGCGGGAUUACGGCCGCCCGUCUGUGGGCGCCCCGCGCAUCCGGCUGUACACCAUCGAGCUCUCCAUCGCGAUGAUGCGGCUGGACGCGCACUUCGUGGCGCUCUUCGUGGAGCUAGGGAUGGAAGGCGAGCUGAGGCACGUCGCCGGAACCACCUCCGAGCUCGAGUCCUUCAACGUGUUCUCUGGCAGCGUCGGCCUCAGCCGCCGCGCCGUCAACGUUGGCUCGCUCGUCGAGUCGGCCUUGGAGUUGAUGAGCUGAAGACAGGUCUGGUAUAUAUACUGAAAAGGCCUCGUCAUGGCGGAUUCGUUUGUG